AUGGCUUUGCUCGGUGUUGUCAUCUUUUGGGUGUUCCUUGGAAGGGCUUUUGGAAGACAAACACUGUCAGGAAAUGUAAAAACUCACCCUCAUAUCUGUGAUAUUAAAUUGCUAAUAACCCAAACAAGAUGAGCCAAGCUCCAAAGCCAAGUGCCGCUAUCAUGAUUCAUGCAAACUAACGUGUGUCUCUCUUUUGUCCCCUCUAGUCCCUGACUGGCUUUGCGCUGGUGGUGAGCAGUGAUGGAAUGGUCUUCUAUGCCUCCUCCACCAUCGUUGACUACUUGGGCUUCCAUCAGGUAUGUCUCAUUAUUAAGAUAUUUUAUUAAUUUUAUGUAUUUUAUAUGGUCUUCCAGGGCAUACUGGUAACAGAUAACAUACGUUCAGUUAAAGGUAUUUCUGCUGACAUUUACCACAGUCGUGAAGCAGCGAUUAAGGGCGACAGCCAGGCUAACUAGAGUAGAGGGACUGUAUAUGUACUCUGCACAUUGAGAGAGCCCCAAGAGGGUUGAGACAGGGGCCAUGGCCCACUGCACUCAGUGUCAGCCUGGUAGAAACUGCUGUCCCAAUGGGAGCCGGCCACAGCAGCAGACACACAAAAGAAGAUACAGUCACACCAGUUCACAAUGUUGAGGUGUCAGUCAAAGGCUAGGCCUAGUUACCCUGCCACUGUCUCUUGGCUUUCCAUCCCCUGACCUCUCUUAGCCUCUCUCCCCUUCACUUUGCUCCAUCUCUCCAUCCCUCUCUAUGCGGGUCUGUCAGAUUAUUUGGUGGGGUGUAAAGAACUCCCUGAACCCUUCACCAGAGGGAAAAGGUGAUGGGGAGGUCAGCUCAGCAGCUGUUCAGAGAGAGAGAGAGAAAGGUUCUGAGGGGGUCAGGAGGUAGUGACCGGGCCAGGCAGGCGUAAGACGAGGCGAACUCCGGCUUCUCCGACUUCCUCCAUGACGUUAAUUAUUGAUGUUAUCAACUGGGCAUGCCUGUCCUCCCCUACUUAAAUCAUUUCCCCUCACAGUCAUGAAUAAAGUGCUUUAACACUAUUAGCAGCGCCACCAGCUCCCCAGACAAGGCAGCCGUUUGAGCGCGGGAGAUUAUUCUGCAAGAGUGCCUGCACUUGCCUUACAAGGAGUUGGGUGCAAUAACAGCAUCAUUAAAAUGAAAUGAAAACUGAAGUGGUCUGAAAGUGGUGCCUUGCUGCGUGCCAGAGACUUUAGCCGUAUGUCACUCCAGAGCUGUGAGUGCUCGUUCAUGACACAGCCGCGUUUACAGCCAAAUUCAACUGUGUCCAGUUCAAGUGGCUUUGUGUCAUCGGCCCUCAAUUCUGUAGAGGAUUGGGGAGAUUAAAAUUAUAUUUCACAAAUUAUAUUUCACAAGGGGUGUGAAAAAGGAGGUUUCUGUGACAGUGUUUAGUCCUGCCAUUUAGAAUCACCUACAGAAGGAUGUUGCAUGGUCUGACACAGAAUUGUUACAUUUCACAGUAGCCCAUAAGUUGUCCUAACCCCCACUGACACACUCACUCACACACACUUGUGACUAUAGAUCACUCAGUAUAAAUCGUUGUUCACCUUUAAAAAAACAUACAAUUAAUCAUUUUUUAAGCGUGUAAGUCUGUUCAAUUUUCUAAUACAAAACAAACUUCAACUCAUAAUAUGAGUUUAUAUAUACACUACAUGACCAAAAUGCCCCCCCCCUUGUUGCUAUAACAGUCCUCAACUCUUCUGGGAAGGCUUUCCACUAGAUGUUGGAACAUUGCUGUGGGGACAUGCUUCCAUUCAGCCACAAGAGCAUUAGUGAGGUCGGACACAUUAGUGAGGUCGGCGAUUAGGCCUGGCUCGCAGUCUGCGUUCCAAUUCAUCCCAAAGGUGUUCGAUGGGGUUGAGGUCAGGGCUCUGUGCAGGCCAGUCAAGUUAUUCUACACCGAUCUCGACAAACCAUUUCUGUAUGGACCUCGCUUUGUGCAUGGGGGCAUUGUCAUGCUGAAACAGGAAAAGGCCUUCCCCAAACUGUUGCCACAAAGUUGGAAGCACAGAAUCGUUUAGAAUGUCAUUGUAUGCUGUAGCGUUAAGACUUCCCUUCACUGGAACUAAGGGGCCUAGCCCAAACCAUGAAAAACAGCCCCAGACCAUUAUUCCUCCUCCACCAAACUUUACAGUUGGCACUAGGCAUUCGGGCAGGUAGUGUUCUCCUGGCAUCUGCCAAACCCAGAUUCGUCCGUCGGACUGCCAGAUGGUGAAGCGUGAUUCAUCACUCCAGAGAACGUGUUUCCAGUGCUCCAGAGCCCAAUGGUGGCGAGCUUUAGACCACUCCAGCCGACGCUUGCGCAUGGUGAUUUUAGGAUUGUGUGCGGCUGCUCGGCCAUGGAAACCCAUUUCAUGAAGCUCCCGACGAACAGUUAUUGUGCUGACGUUGCUCGCAGAGGCAGUUUGGAACUCGGUAGUGAGUGUUGCAACCAAGGACAGACGAUUUUUACACGUUACGCGCUUCAGCACGUCUCGUUCUGUGAGCUUGUGUGGCCUACCAUUUCGCGGCUGAGCCGUUGCUGCUCCUAGACAUUUCCACUUCACAAUAACAGCACUUACAGUUGACAGGGGCAGCUGUAGCAGGGCAGAAAUUUCACGAACUGACUUGUUGGAAAGGUGGCAUCGUAUGAUGGUGCCACGUGGAAAGUCACUGAGUUCUUCAGUAAGGCCAUUCUACUGCCAAUGUUUGUCUAUGAAGAUUGCAUGGCGGUGUGCUUGAUUUUAUACACCUGUCAGCAACGGGUGUGGCUGAAAUAGCCGAAUCCACUAAUUUGAAGGGGUGUCCACAUACUUUUGUAUAUAGAGUGUGCACAAUAUAGUUUACUAUUUAAUUUACGGCUUAUAACUGUCAAGUUGUGGCAUUAUGUAUACAUCAUGCAGUUGGGUGUGAUUGUGAGAAAGAGUCUGAUAAUACCACUUAAACCUUGACAAAACAUUCCAGACAUCCAUAAUUAAGAAGCCAUAAAGAAGACAGACACACUAAUAGGCAACACUGAAGACAUAUAUAGGGCUGUUUUUAGGACGACACCACAAGAAAGCACUGAAAUGGUGCAGAAACAGCAUUGUCGCUUUGAUCCUAUUUGUUCCGUUGUAAUUAUGCUUUUGAAGAUCAAGACGCGAGGGCCAGAGAAAAUAUCACUUAUUCUUAUUUUACAAGAGAAUCUCACACAAUAGACACCCGAUCUGUCUGCCGGUGGGAACUGUGGUGGCGCUUGCCAUGUGCUUCGGUUGGAGGAAUUGUUUUGCAAGGCAAAUGUUCAAAAAACCUUGCGUGUCUCCAAUGUGGAAAUUAUGGGGGGAAGGUUGAAUAUUUCAGUGGGGAUCUGUCAUUUCCCUGACAGAAAGCACAGCUAUUGCUGGAAAGAAAGAGGCAUUACAAAUGUGGGCUGGGUUGGGUUGUAAGGGGGGUUUUCAGCAGGGCUGGGCUGGGCUGCUCUUCAGGAGCUGGUGUCACGCAAUGUUUGACAAACAAGACUUGCCCUCACUGGCCCCGUGGCUCAGUGACAUUGGAGAGCCACUGUAAAUGCUGCCUGUAGUGUAGUUUAGUAGAAGCAUUCCUUGAGGAAUUGCAGCAGCACACAAAAAAAGUGUAAUAUAUUGGCAACAACAACCAGCUGAUCUCAGACAAUCUUCCAGUAAAUAUGCCACUUUUUCAGAGCUGCUGUGGAUAUUGCUCUGAAUACACGAUUUAACUGAAAUUGUGUAAAGUCAUUCACUGAGUCAUUCAAACAGUCACAUUCUUUAAACAAAGUGUUGUAUAUUUAUUUAGAUUUCAAGUUAUUUAUAAGUUGUUCCAACCACAAAAUGUCCUAAACAAGAUUCGAUCCAGCUUCGAAACUCAUACAAAAUCACACCAAUCCCAAUCUGAGCGACAGACAGACCGAUUAGCAGCCCGUUAGCCAGACCCAUUACAGAACUAUGGUGUCACCCCCAGAGCCCUCUGCGUGUGAGGCCGUCAGGCCAACCCAGUGAACCACAGCAGAGGUCACGUGGCGAGAGCGCCACUGUUUGCCAACACAAUAAACCAGAUCCUGGAUCCCAUCAAUACUUCAAGCGGAGGGGGGCCUGGUAAUGGGCUCUGGGUUAUGGGUUAUGGGUGGGGGUAAUGGUUAAUGGUUCUGGGGUCUUGAUGUGUUAUAGUCUCGGUCUCUCCCUCCAUGCAGACGGACGUGAUGCACCAGAACGUCUUUGAUUAUAUCCACGUGGAUGACCGGCAGGAGUUCAGAAAACAGCUCCACUGGGCCAUGAACCCCAGCCAGCACGGCUCGUCCCAGGACCACCAUUCAGCCGCAGAAACUGGUGUGUAUAUAAUUACCCGCAACAGUAAAGGUAGGGAGGGUCAGGGGGGUUUUAGUGGAGGGAGGCCCUCUGCCUAGAAACAGCGGGAGUGAGCGAGCAGAAAUGAGGAGCACUGAUUCAGCAAACAGUAAGACUAGACUGUUUGUUUUGAAUAAGGAGCACUGUAAUCAAAUGCUGUUAACUCUAUUCACAACCACUAACCAGACUGUGAUUAAUGGUCAAUGUAUGAGCGGAAAGUCCCCACCAGACUAUGCUUGAUUAUGUUAGAGAUAGGCCUUCGUAUUUCUCACAAAAACACCUCCUUCCAAUGCCACCUCUCCACCACAGGGAUGAGGUGUGUGAGAAAUAUGCAGGCCUAUCUCUAACAUAAUCGACUCUACAAUUGUUUACCUACACUGUAAGUAUUUUAAGGCUUGUCUACAGUAAGAUACUGGAAAUCUGCAAUAUAGUGAAUAUUAGUUAAUUUAUUUUUAUAGGAGAGGACUUUGUGGUGAGCAGCCUGUUCCAUUCUCAGGAGGCGGGGGGAGUUGCUCCUGAGUUCUCCUCCUUCCUCAACCGCUGUUUCAUCUCUCGCGUACGCUGCCUGCUGGACAGCACCUCUGGCUUUCUGGUGAGUGGACUAACCCAUCCAAAGACCCCACCCAGCCAUGAUGCCUCUAAUGAGAACUGACUGGGAUAUACUUACCAAAGGAAAAUCUCCCAUUUGGUGUCAUGUUUGCUGAAAUUGUAACUUGAGUGUAGGUAUAAAUAGAAUGUCCCCAUAUCCCAGGCAUAGCAGGCCAGGAUAUUUGGUGCUUGGACACAGAUUUAUUUACUAUUUACAGCCAUUGGUCCACCUUCCAUAGUUCUGACCAGAGUGGUUUGGAGGUUUGGAUCCGUCAAUGGAAAUGGAUGGGGCUUGAAGUUGGCCUUGGUUUGAACACUGUAGGGAAGGUCAACAGAGAUCCUCCUGUCAACGGGUCCAUUUCGAUGGCUGGCAAAGACAGCUUUGGUCGUUCAGUUAUUUCUCUAGGCUGUUGUGACUGAAUAAACUAUUUUUUGCAUUACCAAAAGUGCUGAGAUCAGACAAGUUGUAAGCCAGAAUUCAUUAAUAGCAUAAUAGUGCUUCAAAUUAUAGUGUUCUAAACAGCAUCUGGCAAAAGUUCUCGACAUGAACAUGUUCUUUAUACAGGAGGGAAAAAAGCAUUUGAUCCCCUGCUGAUUUUGUACGUUUGCCCACUGACAAAGAAAUUAUCAGUCUAUAAUUUUAAUGGUAGGUUUAUUUGAACAGUGAGAGACAGAAUAGCAACAAAAAAAUCAAGAAAAACGCAUGUCAAAAAUGUUAUAAAUUGAUUUGCAUUUUAAUGAGGGAAAUAAGUAUUUGACCCCUCUGCAAAACAUGACUUAGUACUUGGUGGCAAAACCCUUGUUGGCAAUCACAGAGGUCAGACAUUUCUUGUAGUUGGCCACCAGGUUUGCACACAUCUCAGGAGGGAUUUUGUCCCACUCCUCUUUGCAGAUCUUCUCCAAGUCAUUAAGGUUUCGAGGCUGACGUUUGGCAACUCGAACCUUCAGCUCCCUCCACAGACAGACCCGUCGGCAGACCUCAGUCUUAAGGGGGGCAUAUGAAAUGCAUGGGAGGGCAGGGCACAAUUAUUAUUAGCCUACAGUACGUAUAUUUAAUAAUAAAUUCCCUCAAGUGGGGGGGGCACAAGCAUUUUUUGGGGCGGGCCCGGCCCCCUAUGGCCCGCCCAUAGCGACGGGUGUGUCCACAGAUUGGCUAGGCCACUCCAGGACCUUAAUGUGCUUCUUCUUGAGCCACUCCUUUGUUGCCUUGGCCGUGUGUUUUGGGUCAUUGUCAUGCUGGAAUACCCAUCCACGAUCCAUUUACAAUGCCCUGGCUGAGGGAAGGAGGUUCUCACCCAAGAUUUGACGGUAGAUGGCCCCGUCCAUCGUCCCUUUGAUGCGGUGAAGUUGUCCUGUCCCCUUAGCAGAAAAACACCCCCAAAGCAUAAUGUUUCCACCUCCAUGGUUGACGGUGGGGAUGGUGUUCUUGGGGUCAUAGGCAGCAUUCCUCCUCCUCCAAACACGGCGAGUUGAGUUGAUGCCAAAGAGCUCCAUUUUGGUCUCAUCUGACGACAACACUUUCACCCAGUUCUCCUCUGAAUCAUUCAGAUGUUCAUUGGCAAACUUCAGACGGGCCUGUAUAUGUGCUUUCUUGAGCAGGGGGACCUUGCGGGCGCUGCAGGAUUUCAGUCCUUCACGGCGUAGUGUGUUACCAAUUGUUUUCUUGGUGACUAUGGUCCCAGCUGCCUUGAGCUCAUUGACAAGAUCCUCCCGUGUAGUUCUGGGCUGAUUCCUCACCGUUCUCAUGAGCAAUGCAACUCCAUGAGGUGAGAUCUUGCAUGGAGCCCCAGGCCGAGGGAGAUUGACAGUUAUUUUGUGUUUCUUCCAUUUGCGAAUAAUCACACCAACUGUUGUCACCUUCUCACCAAGCUGCUUGGCGAUGGUCUUGUAGCCCAAUUCCAGCCUUGUGUAGGUCUACAAUAUUGUCCCUGACAUCCUUGGAGAGCUCUUUGGUCUUGGCCAUGGUGGAGAGUUUGGAAUCUGAUUGAUUGAUUGCUUCUAAGAGUGUGCUCCUAAUCUCAGCUCGUUACCUGUAUAAAAGACACCUGGGAGCCAGAAAUCUUUCUGAUUGAGAGGGGGUCAAAUACUUAUUUCCCUCAUUACAUGCGUUUUUCUGGAUUUUGUUUUUGUUAUUCUGUCUCUCACUGUUCAAAUAAACCUACCAUUAAAAUUAUAGACUGAUCAUUUCUUUGUCAGCUGGCAAACGUACAAAAUCAGCAGGGGAUCAAAUACUUUUUCCCCUCACUGUACCUAUUUUGGGUGCUAAACACUCCACCUCCAAGUUGUAACCUCUAACCUUGUGUCCCUCUGUUAGACCAUGCAGAUCCAGGGGCGGCUCAAGUUCCUCCAGGGCCAGAAGAAGAAGUCGGGUUCGGGGGCCCUGCUACCCCCCCAGCUGGCCCUGUUCUGUGUGGCCGUGCCUCUUCUGCUGCCCUCCAUCACAGAGAUGAAGAUGAAGGGCAUGAUGAUGAGGGGCAAGCAGAAGAGCGGAGGGGGCAUCAUCACUGCACUAGAUCAUGGGUAAGGAUGGAAGGACCCAGCUAGACUCUGACGUCAUCAUAUAGGCUUACACUGACUAUACUUCUAAAUGUACUCACUUUAUAGGCUUCAAUUGAGAGUGAUAUUAUUUAAAACUCCCAUUUUUUAUUGAAGAUGGGGGCUAUGUCAUGCCUUAUAAGUUUACUACUAACUUUGAGGCGGAUGGAAAUCCUUGGAGCAUGGCUCAGUCAAUCUAGUUUUGCCUUAUCUGCAGACCAACCAUUCUCAGACCAUUCUUUUAUUUAUUUGAACAGCAACUUCAGUGUGGUCCUAAUAGUUCGAUUUGGGACAGAGUUGGCACAGUCCAAGUGUUUGGAGUGAGAAAGGGGCAAGGUCAGCCAAGGGGCCAGGCUAAGCUAGGCCCGGCGCAUUAACUGGACAGAUCUGGGUCACCAAGGGCAAAUGCCGCCAGGUAUUGGGUUCACCCCCUGCUCGCCUAGACCAAUCAGAAACGACCUGUUACAUCAAGAACAAUAGCUUCACACAGAAGCUGGCUUCUUUCUCUUUCCACCAGCUCAAACACAGACACCACACAAACACGCACGCACACACACUAAAAGGAGCUUUGGACGGCUCACAAUACUCAAUUAGGACAACAAAUGGAUUUUCUGUUUUUGGACUCGGGCCUGUGCUUCAUGGAUCAUUAGGGAGUAAAGCAGGCUUUGAGGGUAAAAGUUGAGUUGGAGGGCACACUCAGUAGUAGUCAACUAGGGCCCUACAACUCCCUCUUGUGUUCGCUAUGAGUAAUGUGUAAUAUCUCCAAAAUAGUAUUCUCUUUUCACACUCCAACUCAGGUGGUUCCACAGUUGAUAUGAAGGAGAAGCACAAAAUGGCUUACUUUUCUAUAAUAAAUCAACCCUUUGUAACUUUAGGGUGAUAGUGAUGAAGCCCUAAAACAAUCACAGAUAUCUUCAGGUUAUACGUACAUGGAUCAUAGACUUGCACCUGCACAACAUAUGAUUCAAACAUUGUAAAAGUCAUACAAAGCUACAUUGAGGUGACUGUUAAUUUUUUUGGGGGGGGUAGAUCAGCUUAAUAUUGCAGAUAGAUUGUAACUUCUAUCAAUGUAAUUGUCUGCAUCACUUCCAAUCCCCCAUGUUUUUUAUAUAUAUAUUCCCCUUUAUUACUUUCCAACCCCGCCACCCUUUCCCUACUUGGGGUAAACUAGUGAACAACAAUGCUUAGGCCUCUACUUCCAGCUUAUACUUACUAUCUACAUUUUAUGGACACAGUCAAUUUUACAAUAAUUAUAUUUUGUUAGUUUUUUUCUCCUGAACUUCUUCUACUCUCAACCUCUCCGAUCAUUUUCAUGAUGUCCAUCCGGUUUGCUUCUAUAUGCCAUAUCUUUCUAACUGUGCUCUUUCCCAAAAGCUCCCAACAUACAACCUAUAUACUUAUUAUGGACACAGUAUGCUUACAUUAUUAGUUAUCUUGUUAUUAUUUUGUUGUUAGUUGUUAUUAGUCCCAUCCUUCAGCUCCAUUCAACACCUCCCAUCUAUCUCUUAACACCAUCCAUAUAGGAUUUCUAUUUGCCAUAUAUAUUUAAACUGUACUGUGAUGUUUUACAAAAAUUCUGAACCUUUCUAUUCUCAUUGUUUCUACAGAAUACAUUUUUGCUAAAAGUAUUAUUAUAUUAUUGAUCGAUUGACUAUGACUUUUCAGAUCACCCAGUAAUGCUAUCUGCAAGGUUAGCUCCAGGUGACUGUUUAACGGACUGUUCUUUCAUGAGGCAGUACAGAUAUCCAAAAGAAAAUACGUUGCACCAGACUUUGAUAUUAUUCCAUGUAUAUUUAAUCCAUUACUAUUGUUCUACCAUAGGAUCAUGAUGUUUCAUGACAACACUUGUUCAGAGUAUAAGUCCAAUACACAUUACAUAAGCAUUAGGGAUUUGACAGACUCCCGAUGUAAGACAUAGGUCUACACACUUUAUAAACCUGAAGCAUACCUUGCUUCUGAGGUGAAUCGACGAUCAUACGUCAAAAGAGCUUCCCACUAAUUCCAGUUAAAGCUGUUAUGAAGUGACCUCAGUGUCUCCUCCAUGACAUCAGUGUCUCCUCCACAACCUCAGUGUCUCCUCCACGACCUCAGUGUCUCCACAGUCCAUGGUUCUUUUACCCUCUGCCAAAACCAGCUAAAUGACAGAAUUGAAUGAUGAGUAGAGGGAGAGAGACAGAGAAGGAGUGAUAUUGUUUGUGAUGUUGAUAAAUGACAGAACGGGUCAUGCUCUUACCAGCAGAGUUCACUAAAGAGACAUUCAAUAGGUUUUGGUCUCUGUAGGCCUACCCUCGACACGGUGCACAGACUUAAGCCCAGAAUGUGUCAUUGAAACACAGUUGGGGUCUUAAGAACUAAACAUGUAUCUGUUUAUCACUGAGGGCAUUGAAAUACAAUUUGUAGGGAAGGGAAGGAAGAUAACACAGUUCUCUAGGCUAACUGAUCCCCAGCUUUGGCAGGAAGUUAUAUAAUCUGCCUGGCUGUGUUUAGAUCCUGGGAAAGAUUAAAUCAUUCUCAGAAAUAAAUACGGCUUCGUUUUUGUCAUUCUGAGAAUUCGAUGUCAAUGUUGUUGUUGACUUGAUUAUUUGAACGGACAAAAUGGAUAGCUGAAAGGACAUGAGAAAUAUAUGAUUAUUAUAAUCCACAUACACUGUUCUGAUGAGACAGGAUAAAGCAGGAGAAUUGUAUUCCUCUCUUGUUGACAUAGCAAAAAAUAGUCUUGUUCCCUAUAUGAUCAUCUCUCUCAUAUUGAUGUGUAUAUUAAUGUGUAUAGUGAUGUGUAUAGUGUAUAUUGAUGUGUGUUGAUAGGUAUGCAUGACUCCCUGUCGAAAUAAAUGUUGCAUAAAAAUAAAUAGAAUAAUUUAUACUGUAAUGAACGGGAGGGAUAAUCUGUUGAAGUAAUCAGAUGUCAUUACAAUACUGACACAAAACAGUUGGGGCUGCCAAAAUGGUUUGUUUUCAGAUCUAAUAAAUCACCAUAAUCUUCCUACCUCUCUUCCCUCUUCCUCCAUGUUGCAGUGAGAGAGAGCAGCACUUCAGGAGGCACGCUGGCAGUGUGGCGAUGGUGGAUGGCGGGGACCCGCUGCUCCUCAACUGCACCAACCCUGGGGGGUCCCAGCAGCGCCUCAAGUACAAGUCGGAGGGGGGCUACUACGGCCAGGACGAGCCCCUCAACUACUGCAAGACCUCUAUGGGCGGCGUCCCCCACCACAAAGGUCCAGGCCCGGACUCCCCGUGGCCCAUGCGGCCUGCCUCAGGGACCGUCCGGGCUGGGCAGAGUGGCGGCUACAUCCUCUCGAAUCGACUCGGGAAGGCGGGCCACUAUGGCAAGCCCUACCGCAUGUCCCCCAGCAUGUGUCAUGGAGGAGGACGAGGUGGUGAGGUUUACGUGCCCAAGAUGUACGGGAGCCUCCAGAGCCCAGACGGCUCGGACCCCUACUGCUUGGGAGAGGCGGUGAAGAGUGAGAACGGCUACGGCGAGUGCUACGAUGGCCGCCUGCUGCCCGAGAUGCCCAUCAAGGUGGAGCAGGACUCUGACUCGGAGAACGGCUGCGACGCCUACGGCCGUCCGUGGACGUGCCGGGAGCCCGUAGAUCGUCGCUACGGCAACGGCUACGGCGACAACAAUGGACUUCAGAUGAAGUCGGAGGCGGACUACUACGAGCAGUACUCGCCGUGCCAGCGGGGCAAGGCAGGUAUCAGCCCCAUCAGUCCGCCCUACAACAACGGCCACUUCCAGAACUAUAAUAAUGUAGGGGGCGGCAGGCCCUUGAAGAAUGUGAUCAACAAGGACCAGUCCCAGUUCAGUCCCCAGAGGCUCUCCCACUCAGACCCCCUAUGUAGCAGCCAGAGCAUCAACUGCAUGGACGUGUAUGCAAGCGGCCCCGUGGAUCACAACAAGGGAUACAUGCAGCAGGACUACAAGCUGAGCUACGAGUUCAAAGGUCAUGGACUGCUCCACGCCAUAAAGCGGGAGCCCAUGGACUCACCCCCGUGGUCGGACGGCAGCAGCAACGACAUGAGUCAUGCCAUGGGGCACUCUCAGAGGAACGUUAUGCCCCACUGUGUGAUGAACGCUGGGCAGCACAAAGCCAACCCCUAUGUUUAUAUGCAAUAG